AUGAAAACACUCACCAACGCCGUGUGCGGUGAGCGCCAACCAACAUAUUGCGCCCCCCCCCCCCCCCAGAAGAGGGACAAAAAGUUGGGGAAAGGACCGAAGUCCAUUGCAAAGCUGUUUUACCAGCAUAAAGAGGGCUUGGCCCCUUGGCAAGCGCGUAGCCCCAAGGGUAUGGUUAAAACGUUGCACGGUAUCGCCGCAGCCUUGAGAGGUUUUCUCCCGCCAGCUACCAUCCACAUGAGG